AUUUCAAUUGGUCCCUGAUAUUCCAACUCAAAUACACUAUGAUAAACUGACUAUUAAAUGAAGACUUGUAGUCUUGUACCUCGGGUAGGGUUGGUGCUAGUGGUGGCACCGCGGAAUGGCAUUAGGAGUUAUGUCCGCAGCGAGCUGUUGGCCUGCGAUCUGCAAUGUGGGAUCUGUGGGAUUUGCUGCUCUUGUCAGAUUGGACGUGUUUGUUCCAACCAUUACGAUGUGCAUCUCACUUCGGAUCUUCAUAGGGAGAUUGCAAACAAGUUGUCCCGUCCCGUUCUAGACCGCAGUAGAAUUAUCUUCAAGCGGGUCACGACGGGUCAGAAAUGUGCGGGCCGCGGUCUCCGGAGUGGCUGCCCAAAUCCGUCCCGCUAUAUGUACAAGCUUUUAUGGAUCGGUCCCUGGAACAAAUGA